GCGUGUCAAAGCUGAACCUAACGAUGACCUACAUCAUGUUCAUCUCAAAAUCGAGCCAGUCUCGGAUGACUGCACGCUCUCCAGCAUCAAGCUUAAAAGCCAAGGAAGAGACUGACCAAGAUGCGGAAGGGGACUUUAAGAUGCGCGACCGGUCUCCUGAUCCACCCUCCCACUCCCCUAACACCCAUAUCAAAACACCCCCUACACCAUCAUCCCCCGCACAAUCUCUCAAACAACCCAUACCCGACGAACCCCCCGCUUCAAUUCCCAGACCACCCACAGCUCCCUUCCUACCCCCCUUUACAAGGCGCCCAACUCUCAAAGAAAAACUAGGCCCAAAAUAUGAAGCAGAGCUCACCCAAAUCGAAAUCAUGGAAGCCAGCUACACACGCGCAGCAUCCGAACACAUCCAGAUCUCCAAAAAUGUCCGGCGGGCACUUCACGAAUUAGAUCUCACGAGUAUAGACCUACGCGCAGCUCAGACUAGGCGCGAGCAUGCUGAAAAUCACCGCAAGAAAGCUGCGGCGGGGUUCUUGGAUAUGGAUGCAGAGUUUCCAUCAGCCCUAGACCGCUAG